GUUAUCCCAAAACUUGGCGAAUUCGUGCUCUGAAUGCGUUCCUUUGUUUGCACUUCGUUGGCGGCGAAGUAAAAGGGUCAACUUGAAGGUGAGUCCUUUCAACGGACAAGAAACAACUCGCCUGAAGACGUAGCAGAUCCACUACCCACGAAGAAUUUAGAGUAAUACCAAGCGGUUCUUCUUAUAAUUCGAAAAGACGGGUAGGAAGUGGUUUAAGGUGGUUUUGCGUCCACUGAAUCUGGAGUAAUUUAUAAACUGAAGUUAACCUGAGCGCCGUCCAUUAUCGGCAGGCCAUUGUUCGGAGAACCGUAUUUUGUUCGUGGCCGUUUACGCUUUGGCAUGAGAACAAUCACUUUAAAAACGAAAGGGGUUCGUGGAUCUGCCUUAGAGGUUAGUGUUUGGGGAGACUGACAAAGACAUUUUCAUUCACAAAGGUUUUUUUUCGUUUUAAUUUUCAGUGACAUUACCGCAAAGCGAAAAUCAUUGCGGAACGAACGCUGUCGUGUUCGAUGUCGCCAUUUUAACGACUCUUGGUGUGGUCGCAGUGCUUCGUAUUGCUGGAUGAAAAAAUCGUUGGCCUCGUCUGGCUUCAAAACAAACGGAUUUUGUACGUGAACGAAGGCAAGUUCUUCUUUAAGACAGGUAAUCGCAUUCUUGCGGGCUAGGACCUCACUCAUACGGUUCUCAAAGUUACUGAAGAUAAACGCAGCUUUCUUUACAACAGCAUUCCGCGGCAUCGCCAUUUACGGAAGAAUAAUUCAAAUUCCCAAGGACUUUGUGUUUAUAUUUUAAUCUCGAUGAAGAAUGUUCUGACACCAGAAACGAAUUAACCAUGAUAGUAAAUGUGAGAGAACUUAUCGACAAUCUUCGGGCGACUAAACCGCCAUAUGAAUGUCCUUUGUGUCAAAAGAUUUACAAGAGUUACAGUGGAAUUGAAUAUCAUCUGCGUGUUUUUAAACAUGAUGGCAUGGAAGCCACAGGAUCCACACCGACUUCUUCUAAAAGUAAGAAAGGAAAGGGUCGUGGAAGAAAAAGUGUUAAAAACAAAAAACCACCACCAUCGCCUCCAAAGGUAACCGUGCCACGAGAGACGCUAACAUACGCUCAAGCACAGAAAAUUGUUGAGGUCGAAAUCGAAGGUUUGCCUCAAAGAAUUCACAUAAACGAUCAACUGGAUAUUUUAGAUGAGGAUGAAACUACUAAUUCCACGCCGGAACCUCCACAAAAACCUGAGGAAACCUUUGCGUUUGAGACAAUGAUGAUCAAACCGCUCACCGAUACAAAGGGAAAUGACAACAAAACUUCUGAAACCGGCGAAAACAAAUCGAGUUUGCCGUUAGCGGAGUUUAGCGAAACUCAGGAACCAGGAUUUAGACUGCCAGAUGCACCUCCUAGGCCAAGCGCUUAUUUUCGAUUUAUCGAGCAGACCACUGAAGAAUUGGACGAAAUGGUCGAAUAUGACAUGGACGAAGAAGACUACGUGUGGCUGGACACCAUAAACGAAAAGCGGAAAAGUGAGGGAAUUGCGCCGGUUUCUCAAGAAGUGUUUGAAACUCUUAUGGAUCGACUUGAGAAAGAAUCAUUCUUCGAGAGCCAGACAAAUUGUGAUCCAAACCAGUACAUAGAUGAAGAUGCAGUGUGUUGUAUUUGUAACGACGGUGAAUGCCAAAAUAGUAACGCAAUCCUGUUUUGUGACAUGUGUAACUUGGCUGUGCAUCAGGAGUGUUAUGGAGUGCCAUAUAUUCCUGAGGGGCAGUGGCUGUGUCGACGCUGUCUGCAAUCUCCAUCAAGGGCAGUAGACUGCGUCUUGUGCCCAAACAAGACUGGUGCUUUUAAACAGACUGACACUGGGAAAUGGGCUCAUGUGGUAUGUGCGCUUUGGAUUCCAGAAGUCUGCUUUGCAAACACUGUAUUUUUGGAACCAAUUGACUCAAUUGAGAAUAUUCCUCAGGCAAGAUGGAAACUUACAUGUUAUAUAUGUAAGCGGCGACAUGGUGCGUGCAUCCAGUGUUUCAAAACAAACUGCUAUACAGCAUUUCAUGUUACUUGUGCACAGCAAGCUGGUUUGUACAUGAAAAUAGAACCUAUAAAAGGAGAAAAUGGCCAGCUUACGGUGCGCAAAACUGCUUUCUGUGAUGUUCACACACCCUCGGACUCUGAAGCUGGGAAAGAGGAGGAACAAAGCGAGGAUGAAGUGAAGGAGAAGGGUAAUGUCUCUAAGAGCAAGACCCCAAGCAAGACACCGGCCAAAGGACUCAGUAAGGCAGCAAAAUCAGCUAAAUCAAAACGAAGCAUCAAGAAAUUCAGAAAACUUUUGGCAGAGAAGAAAACAACUGGAGUGCCGAUUGUGAACAUUCCAUUUAUUCCAGCUCACAGGUAAGGCAUUGGUAGAAUGUUUGCAUGAAAGUCCGAUUUAACGUUGUUUUAUGCAACUUAAGUGGUUUUAUUAGAAAGCAGCUGUUAUUGUGUCUUCUGAAAGCCUGGACUUGUCAAAUUCUAGUUACAGGUGGCAUUUUUGACACCUUCAGUUGAUUGUUUUGGUCACUUUUCCUGAUUUAUGACAGUUUAAUUCUUUAUGCUUAAAGAAGACAGAACAGCAACCCUUGCACACCCAGAUCUCAUCAUGACUGGAUUAUUUGUCCCUCAGAUGUUAAAAUUCUGUAGAAGAAAACCUGUGGCAUUAACAUUUUGUGAAGCCUAGGGUGACCAUUGCAAAACAAAGUCAUUUUAACAGGACUGUCUAAACCAUUUCCACUUAAUUGCCAAUGUAAAUUGUCAUGGUACUGUACUUGAAAUGUGUUGAGACCUUUGAAUAACCACUUGGUGGGCUCUCAACACAAGUAACUAUUUUCAAAGACUUUGGAGAGAAAUUUUGAGAAGUUCACUUUCUUUGCUUAACACUGUCAACUACCAUGGGUGUUGAAUUGACAAAUAGUGUACUGGCCUUAAUCUGUUUAAUCUGCUAAUUCUUAAAUGACUAUAACUUUCAAGCAUUUGGCCUGUGUAGAAAUGUUGCACAGCAACUGAUUAUUUUAAAAAGGGCCAUGCAUGUAAUAAUGCUUGGUUAAAUUCAGAUUUAAUUUGAUUCACUUAUGGUGUAAUUGUUUUUGAUUGCAAAUUAGGAAAGGUAAUUUCUUUUGGUCUAUUAUCUAAGAAAACGAAAAGCAUAAGUUGUAGUGAUUUAAUUGUCAAUUUAGGAAAAAAUACCAGGUUAGCAUAUUUAAUUUAUCUGCUUCAUGUCUCUGAUUUUAAUUGUGAAGAGAUAAAUCAUUGUUUUAGCACCUGCAAAUUGUCUCUAAUUAUUGUUAAUGAACUUACACCUUAAUGUCCAGAUUUAUGUGUUAAAAUUUGGAGCAAUUCGAUUAUCAAAUUUGUAAACUGAUUAAUAUUGUAAAUGUGAUUGGUCUAACUAGAGAUGUUGCUUUAUUCUGAACUGAUCAGGUUCCUGAUCUGGUUGCAGCAGGUCAGGGAAAAAAAUUCUUCAAGGUCAGGGGGUCGUUACUUUGGGAACUUUAUGGUUGCCACUGGGGAGGAUGUGUUCUAAAAUAGGACAUCAUUUAGUGAGCAAACAAGCAGGCAUAAAUAAUUCAGUCAAGCAUACAAUAGUUGUAGGGCCAGAAAAAUGCUGUUGUUGCUGUUGUGUCUUGUAUAGUUCAAGGUUAAAAAAGUCAUUAUCAACAAAAACCUUAGAGAGUUUCCUCCCUCUAAUUUGUACUCUUCCUUGGAUUUAUACUGUCAGGUUUUUUUUUUUUGUACUCAGCUACAUUAUUUCAAAGGGCUAAACAACUUUCAUGAGCUUGUGACUGAACAAUUGGAACCUACUUUUUUUUACGCCUAUUAAACAUUUUUGUUUGAGAAGAGGUUCAGUUUAUGAUAAUUUAUUUAACUCCUUGAUCGUUUUCAUCAUCUGUGUAUGUCAUCUGCAACUGUUGUUCAAAUUUUAUUUCAUUUGUCCCAGAACUAGAGCUGUAAGUGUACUUUUUAUAAUUUUUUUUUCAAAAAAGAAAACAAACAGAAUACAUAAAAGUGUCAUCUGGCCUCUGUAAGAGGGAGUAGUUGUCAUCAAUUAUUGAUGACAACUACUCCCCUUUCAGAGGCCUUCCCUAACCACAUCUUUAUUAUCUAAAGUAUCCCUUUUUUAACAGGCUUAGUAAGAUUGUGGGUCGUGUAGCAAUGGCUCGUAAAGCACAGUUCAUCCAGAGCCUUCAGAGUUACUGGAUGCUUAAGCGCCAAUCAAGGAAUGGUGUCCCUCUGAUACGAAGACUCCAGGCAAGUCAUCAGAGCCAGAAAGCUGGUACUGAUGAGGUAAGAAAAGAACCUAAACUCUCUUCUUUGUAAAAGCUCUAAGCAUUCUUGGAAACAGGGCUGUGCCAGUGGCCAGUGUCCCUGGUGCCUUACUUUUGCUCUUGGAUGAGUAGGAAAUCUUAGCUUUUUUAUAGAAAUCCUUUGCUGGGCUCCCUGGGCCAGGUUGUUCAAAGCUGGGUUAAGAUUGUGACAAUAUUGGUUAACAUUGGUUAACAUUGAGAUAUUGUAAGUCGUGACGUAUUGGCCUCGCUUUCAUGGAUUAAAGAGUUGUUGUUGAACCGCCAUCUUGAAGUUGCUCAAUUCACUUCGUCUUCUUGUCCGGCUUAAUACACCGGUAAUAAUUGUUACAUGGUGGCAGCGGUAAACAAUGCCUACUGAUUCUGACAGUCAAGCUUCUGGACCGCAAGCUUCAGCUCCUGCUUUUCGUCGGCCACAAGUUUCUCCUCCGCAACCUCUAGAGAUCGAAGGCGAUCGGGCCGACAACUGGAAAAUCUGGAAACAACGAUGGGAAAAUUACUGUAUCAUCACGGGCUUAAACAACCAGCCAGAAGACUACAAGUGCGCCAUUUUACUGCAUAGCAUUGGAAUAGAAGCCAUGCGAAUUUUCAACGGCAUGAAAUUCUGCGAUGGCGAGGACCGUAACAAGAUGGCAGAUAUUCUAGUCAAGUACGAUCAGCAUUUUCUCGGUCAAACUCAGGAAUUCUUUGAACGUUUUCAGUUCAACCGUAGAGAUCAAGCUUCUGGUGAGUCCAUUGAUGAGUAUCUUUCAGUUCUGCGAAACAUGGCUAAAACUUGUGGUUUCUGUGACUGCAUGCGAGAUUUGUUGAUUAUGGACCGCCUGCUCUUAGGCAUCUCGGAUGACAAAACACGCGAAGAGCUACUCUCUACUCAUGAUUUGACUCUGAAUAAAGCUAUUGACAUCUGUCGAGGAAUGGAAGCUGCUUCUCUUCACAUGAAGGCCCUGAAGAAUGAAGAAAUUAAUAAGAUCAAGGAUAUAUCGAAGAAGACAAAGAAGUCAGGCCUAGAUAAACACCAGCAUAAAACCAAGAAACCUCCCCAUAGUGAUGAUCAGAAACCUGCAAAGAAGAAGUGUCUAUUCUGUCUUCAAAUUCAUGUGAUGAAAAAAGAAUUGUGCCCUGCCUGGGGAAAAACCUGUGCUGCCUGUGGUGAAAGAAAUCACUUCAAAGCGUCAAAGAAGUGUAAACACCAAGGUGUCAACUCGCUUGCUGAUGGUUACUCCUCUGAUUCAUCUGAAAGCAGCACUGGAACCAUUAGCACUGUAACAGCUUUUGAAGAUCAAGUUGUCAAUUCAGUAAACCCUGGCAACCAGCUUAUUUUCUGCGAAAUGGAAAUCAACAAAAGGCCUGUCAGAAUGCAAAUUGACUGUGGGGCUACAGUUUGUAUUCUUCCAAAGCACUACCUGGGGGAUCAGCACGCUAUUCGUCCUGAGAGGGUUCAUCUUCAGAUGUGGAACAAAACGUCUUUACCUGCCCUUGGCAAGUGUAAGGUCAAAGUCAAGAACCCCACCACUAAGAAGAAGUACAAGGUGGACUUUGUCAUUGUUGACAACCACUUCACACCUCUCCUCAGCAGUAUUGCUGCACAGAAGAUGAAUCUCUUGAGUGUCCAUUAUGACAAGUUUAAAGCAGUUAAUGUUGUCACCCAUGGUAGCCAAUACUUCAAACAGUUUCCUGAUGCCUUUAAAGACACCCUGGUACCCUACCUGGGAAGAAAGUUCACUUAACAACCAUUGAAGGUUCCACUCCUGUCGUCCGUUGUGCCCGCACUCUGCCUGAGUCUAGAAAACAAGUUGUCAGAGAUGAACUUCAGCGUUUAGUGGAUGCAGGAAUCAUUGUGCCUGUGGAUGAACCUACUGACUGGGUCAGUCAAAUGUCUGUUGCUGAAAAGAAAGCUGGAAUUGUAUCUGCAUUGACCCAAGACCUCUUAAUGAAGCACUGAAACGUGAACACUACAAGCUUCCCACUCUAGAAGAUGUUCUUCCAGACCUUACCAAGGCGAAAGUAUUCUCUGUUUGUGAUCUCAAGUCUGGGUACCUUCACUGUGAGCUCGAUCAUGCAUCAAGUUUGUUGACCACGUUUGCCACGCCUUUCGGACGCUAUCGGUGGCUACGUCUCCCAUUUGGUUUGAAAGUCAGCAGUGAAAUCUUCCAAAAACGACUACAUCAUGCUCUUGAAGGCCUUGAGGGAGUCCGCUGUAUUGCUGACGAUGUGAUUAUUUGGGGUCGAACAGAUGAAGAACACGAUGCACGUGUCUCUACCUUCCUCAAGUGCUGUGUCGAUAAGGGUAUCACCUUGAGCAAAGAGAAGUGUCGUUUUGGUCUCAACGAGAUCCCGUUCAUGGGCCACGUGUUGACCAGUGAUGGCCUCAAGCCAGACCCCUCCAAAGUUGAAGCAGUCCAAAACAUGGCACCUCCUCAAGACAAAGCAGCAGUGGAAAGACUAAGAGGAACUGUGAAUUACCUGUCUAAAUUUGUUCCAAACCUGUCUGAUGUGAUGCGUCCAAUCUAUGACCUAGCCCGCCCCACCUCUGAGUGGACGUGGGAUGCUCUGCACGAGAAAGCUUUUACAGAGAUGAAGCGCUUGCUGACACAAGCACCUGUACUAGCCUACUUUGAUCCAAGUAAAAGCCUAACGAUCCAAUGUGAUGCUAGUGGACAGGGGCUGGGAGCCGCCCUCCUUCAAGACGGCCAGCCACUAGCAUACGCCAGCCGGGCUUUGAGUGAAGCAGAAGCCAGAUAUGCCACCAUAGAGAAGGAGAUGCUCGCGAUUGUGUUUUCCCUAGAAAAAUGGCACCAGUACACGUUUGGUCGUCCUGUGGCUGUGUAUUCAGAUCAUAAACCACUUGCAAGCAUCGUGAAGAAGCCCCUGGACAGAGCUCCUAAGCGCUUACAGGGAAUGUUAAUGCGCGCCCUGGCAUAUGACAUCGAAGUUAGAUACCUAAAUGGUAAAGAAAUGUACCUAGCCGACACGCUCAGCAGAGCUCACCUGCCAAGAACCUCUGAUUGUGGACAAGAAGAGUUCGAGACCAUAAAUGCCCUCUCCUAUCUGAUCAUGCCUGAAGAGAAGAUUCAUGAGAUCCGCCAGCACACCAGUGACGAUACCUCUCUUCAACAGCUGAAACGCAUAAUACAAGAAGGUUGGCCAGCGGACGAGAAAUCACUACCACCCCUCGUUACCCCCUACUUCAGUGUCAGGGAUGAACUUGCAGUUACAGACGGCUUGAUAUUCGCGGCGAGCGACUUGUGAUACCUAAAGGAAUGCGAGCAGCAGUCAAGAAAGACAUCCAUAGCGGACACCAAGGAAUUGAAGCCUGCCUGCGCCGCGCAAGGGAACAUGUCUAUUGGCCAGGAAUGAACAAGGAAUUAAAAGCGUGGAUUCGCACCUGUGAGACAUGCAGAGAGAAUGAACUGACACCUUGCAAAGAGACGCUUAUGUCUCAUGAAAUCCCUGAAGGAGCAUGGGAGAAAAUUGGAGCAGACCUUUUCACUUAUCAUGACAAAGAGUACCUCGUCACUGUCUGCUACAAGUCUAACUUCUGGGAGUUGGAUCCACUCACCAACACCAAGUCAUCAACUGUGAUCAAAAAGUUGAAGUCACACCUGGCGCGGUAUGGUAUCCCCAGGCAACUGGUUACAGAUAAUGGUCCCCAGUUUACAUCCAGCGAAUUCAAGUCUUUUACAAAGAAAUGGGGCAUUGAACACACUACUACAUCACCGUACCACAGCAAAGCAAACGGAAAGGUUGAAUCGGCUGUGAAAACUGCGAAAAGAAUGUUACGCAAGACAUCAAAGUCAGGAGAAGACCAGUACCUGGCUCUACUCAAUAUCCGGAACACACCAACUCAAGGUGUUGCUAGUAGCCCAGCACAGCGUCUUCUGGGAAGAAGGACAAGAAGUCUGCUACCAUCCACAAGAUCACUCCUGGAACCCAGAAACCCACCAAAUCUCUAUGAGAUGGAACAACUCCAGUUAAACCAAAAGAGGCAGCAGUGUUAUUACAACCGGUUAGCCCAUGAUCUUCCAGCCCUGAAUGUUGGCGACACUGUCAGAAUGAAGCCAUUUGUGCUCGGCAAACAUGAUUGGGACAAGGGUAAAGUGACAAAGCGAUUAGAUGAGAGGUCCUACGAAAUCCAGUCACACGGGUCCACCUAUAGACGCAAUAGGCAGCACCUGGUCAAGAGCCCUCCUGUACCAGUACCAGAUACACUACCUGCACCAGAUCCACUACCUGGACCCCAACAGAGUCCAGAUACCGGAUUGCUAAACACACAAGCUGCGAACAGCCAGAAGGUCCACCUGGAAGCAAAGUCCACCAAGCAAUCAUCACCUGUGCGUACUCGCUCGGGACGUGUCAUCAAAGAGCCCGUUAGAUUCCAAGACUAUGUUAAGACUUAAUCGUUAUCAUUUUAUUUUUCUUCCGUAACAUCGAUUUCCAGGAACUGAGACUUUAGAACUGUAGUUCAGAAAAUAACACACUGCACUUUCAGUAUAUUCUUUGUUUAGUAAGUUUAGUUUUGCAGUAUCAUUGUUAAGUUUUCCAUUAUCCAAAAAAAAAAAAAGGGAAGGAUGUGACAAUAUUGGGUAACAUUGGUUAACAUUGAGAUAUUGUAAGUCGUGAUGUAUUGGCCUCGCUUUCAUGGAUUAAAGAGUUGUUGUUGAACCGCCAUCUUGAAGUUGCUCAAUUCACUUCGUCUUCUUGUCCGGCUUAAUACACCGGUAAUAAUUGUUACAAAGAUAACCCAGGGUUAGCGCAAAAUUUGAAUUCAGAUGUGAAGGCUUAAAAAUUAAAUUAUGUUUGUCAACAAGUUGAUGGUUGUUUGCUCUUAAAAAUAACAGAGAAAAUAGCUGAGAAAAUGUUUUUGAACAAAAGAAAACGAAAUCCAGGAUAAAUUUAACCCUGGGUUAAGCGCUGAUCGGCCUUCGAACAACUGAGCCCUGGAUUUCAUUGGUUCAGAGCCCUGGACUCCCCUCAAUUUUUCUUAGAGCAAAGUUUUUUGAAAGGCAUGCAAGGAAGGUACAGCUGUGUAUUGCAUGCAAAUUACAGGUAAGGAGAAAAGGGUAGCACCAACAAUUGGUUGAGCAAAGUUUGUUAUUUCCUUCAAGUUUGUCAACUAUUUUCCUUGAAACAAAAUCUCUUACAAGUUAUAUUAACAGAAAUUCUUUGUGGGCAAACACGGCAUUUUACCACAAAAGAAAAUUUUCUCUAAUGUUUGCAGCUUCUUUGAUUUCGUAAUAUUUGUUUUGUUUAUUUGGUUUUUUUUUUACACAUUUAAGAAGCAUCCUUUCAGUCGGGUUUAAAAUGGGUAUAGAAUUGUAUUGUAAGAGAAUGUGAGAAAGUGCUAGUUUUGUUAUUACCAUCAUUAUGACAUAAGUACUCUUAAUAAAAAAUAAUGGUAUUUGGGUAGUUAUAUAGGUGUACUUUUCUGGUUAUAUUCAAAUAUCUGUGAUUUGAGCAGUUUACUUAUUGUUUUUUUACAGUCUAGUGAGCGGUCACAAAGAAUCAAGGCAAUGAAAGAGCAACUACAUUUCUGGCAGCGUCUCCGUCAUGACCUAGAAAGAGCUCGACUGUUGGUGGAGUUGAUCAGAAAGAGGGAGAAGCUCAAGCGAGAACAGGCAAGCAUCUGUGUAAAAGAAAAUUUUUCAUUUCAUAUAUAAAACGCUACAUACAGAGCUGCAAGUAACAGUCAGUCAUCUGAUUUUCUGUUGAAAUCUUAACAGACAAAGUUUAAGCAAAGAUGUUUUUGAGUGAUACAUGUUAUGCAUCAACUUUUUCGUUUAUGAGAGUAAGUAAAGCAUGCAAAAAGUUAUUUGCAGCUCUGAGUAUUUCUGAAUUGUUUGUAGCAAUGUAAUGAAAUAAUAAUAUUUUUUGGAAAUAAGGACUGAUUUCUAAUCAUUAUUGUGUGUCUUCUUCAGGUAAAGGUAAAACAGCAUGUGGUUGAUCUGCAGUUGCAGCCACUGAACAUUGUGCUCAGGAAAACCCUUGACCUUCUGAUCACCAAGGAUCCAGGAGAAAUUUUUGCUGAACCUGUGGACACUGAGGAGGUAACAUGAUCAAAGACUUCUUUUACAUAAGUGACAGUUUUGGUCUAGUUGUUGGUCUAGUUGUCUGCAUUUAAGAAAUACCUCUCUCACCCUUUAAGCCCUAAUAUCCACUAACAAAUUCUCCAGACUGAUCUACAUACAUUCCCUAAAGAAUAAUUUGUAAAAGGAGCAGGAAAAUUUCUGUUAGUGACUGUUUCAUUAAUUCCCAUAAUCUUUUCUGUUGGUUAUGUAUUGGAAUUGUGAAAGAAAAUUGAGGUUGGUCAGUCGUAGCUUGAGUAAAGAAUGACAGUGGUUUUGUUAUGGGCUGGGGCCUGACAGAUUAGCUAGUUGCAAAAUGCUGUAUGUUUUCAUGUUACAUGAUUGCUUUAGACUCAUUCUUUCAAGCGUAUUUUUUUUUGCUGAUCUUCAUACAUUUUUACACAUGAAGGCAAUAGGAAACAGUGAAAACUGUCUGAUCUUGUCAUGACAUUAUUUUACUUGUUAAAAUGUUUAUAUUUACCUAGAUGUACAUGGAUUUAUUGUCAAGUCAUUCAUUAAUGGGUUGUAAUAUUAAUCAUUCUUUUAUUGUUAUUCUCAACAAUAGUUGAGGUCCCACUAGUACUUGACUUUGCUGUUACAGUGCUGUUUAGAGCAUGCACACAAGUUUACAACAUUGUAACAGUAGUGUCACUAUAGCUGUCGUCCCACUUGCUCAUUAACAGCAAUUUUGGAAAUAACAGCUUCACAACUUGCCAAGCAUCAAAUUGCUAUUUCGUGUGAAAAAGUAGACUAACAACAAGAUGCCUGAUCAACGCAUUCUUGCUGGUUAAUUUUAUAUUCUAAUUCUAAUACUUGUUGUAUGGUAGAUGACUUUAUAUGACCAUCUUGUGUUCAAUCGAUUUCUUCUCUGUUGAGGGAAUCAUUCUAGCACUGACUUUAAGGCUUCAAUGAACAUGAAGAAGUCAACACUGAAUUUAGGUUUAUUCCAGGCCAUGACACUGGUUAGAAGAAAUGCUUAGCACCAUGGUUCGCAGGGUUCUUUAGAGCAACUGCACAAAAAUUGUGCAGUGACUGUUACCACAAGGGUAAAUCUUUUUCAUACGAAUGACCUUAUCCCAAAAUGCGCUUGUCAUUUUAGGAAGCCAAGAUUGGUCCAUCUCAAGUGGAUUUAGAUAGACACCAGAUAGAUCGUACUUUUAGAGUUGUAAACUUCAUUGUUAGUUUACUUUGAUUUUGCCUCAUAACCUACCUGUAAGCAACAGACACUGACACUAAAACUGAAAAAGUACCCCAUCACACUUGACACAGCGUGACACAGUUGUUUAGUCUGCUUGUGGGACCUCAACCAAUAAUCUAAGUGCAUGUCAUAAUUACCUUAAAGCUGAUGAUAGAAAUUAACAAUAAAUUAAUUUUCCCAGGUUAAAUGUAAAAGUUUUUUUUACAGGUAACAGAUUACCUUGAGGUUAUUGAGGAGCCCAUGGAUUUCUCAACAAUGUCUAAGCGUAUUGAAGAAAACCACUACACGGCAAUGGAGCAGUUUGAACGUGAUUUUAACCUGAUCAUUGGUAAUUGCAUGACAUAUAAUGCUCCAGAUACUGUUUACUACCGGGCAGCACUGAAGCUAAGAGACCAGGGGCGUCCUAUUGUGCGUGCAGCCAGGAGGCAGGUGGAACGUGCAGGUAUAGACCCAGUUACAGGGCUACAUACGGAGGAACCACCAACUCUUGCUGACAGAGAACCUACCGAAGAAGGUGAGAUGCCUACAGCAACUUUAACCUACUCGCUACUGUGUUGAAAAACUUUAUCUGUUUUGUGAUUAGUAUCUGGCAAAGAGAAAAAUUCAAUACAUUGUUCAUUACAUUGUUUAUUAGUCAGCACCAUGAUGGCUUUUGAUCCUGGUGCCAAAAUUACAGCUUUUGAAGUUCAGGCAAUUAUGCGCUAAGACAUAUCACGAUACCCUGUGAUUGAAAAACUGACACUGCCCCCUCAAUUUUUUCUACCUCUCACCUGCUUUCUUUCACACCUUUUUUUGUCAUUUUAAAUAAAUAACAUUAUAAGUAAGUGUUUGAACUGGCUUGCAAGCAAUUUUGUGUCCUGAGUGGUGGUGGAUGUCAAUGAUGCUGAUUGUGUCUUUUUCUGUUUGUUCAAGACUUUAUCUUGACUGAACAGCAGAGAAAAGAAAUGACAUUAGAAGAACAGUUGAAAGAUUUGCAGGAAAAACUGGACAUGACUCAAGCCAUCAAACAUGGAGGUACAUUAACUGUUAGUGUUUUUUGGCCAUUUAAUUAUGUAGCUUGCAUUCAGAUGUAUCCUAUGAUCUGCUUUGGAACACAGACAGUUACAUGAAUUGUGCGGUAAAAUUUGAAGCCCUGGCUCACAUAAAAUACCGUAAAAUUCCCAAAAUAAGCUGCGGGCUUAUAUUUUUUAAAGCCCUUUUUGAGGGACUUAUAUUCAGAAGGGGCUUAACUAUGGAGGGAAAUUUGCGUUUCAAGAUCGAUUGGGCUAGCCUUAUAGUGGGAAGGAAAUUUACCGUUUUUGCUUUGUCUUACUUUGUAUUUGAAGGCAAUUUCCAAGUGCAAGCCCCCCCCCCCCCUUCCCGGGGAGGGGGGGGGGUGCUUAUAUUCGGAGGGGCAAUUUAAUGGAGGGUUUUUUGCGUUACAAGUUUGGGGGGCUUAUACAUGGAAGGGCUUAUUUUUGGAAUUUUAUGGUGUUCAAGAACUCUUGGUGGAAGAUAUGUUUGACAAGUUUGCUGUGCAUUCUUAUCCCAGAAUAGUGUUAAUUAAACACACCACGAGUGAUAGUCCUAUGUGUCUACUAAGCAUGUUAAAAUAUUCUAUUCUUUUCAUCUGAAAGGUGUAAGAGCUACUCGAGUUAGAAUGUUACGCAAAGAGAUCGCGCUUAUUAGAAGAAAACUAAACCAAGAAAAAAGACAACUUUCAGAAUCUAGUGGUAAGCAAAUUUCACUGUCAUAGGUAAUGUCUUAAUACCAACCUUUUUUUUAGCUGAAUGGUCAAGCUGUUCAUACACUGUACCUGUAAAUACAUUUGAAAUAUGUUGUUUGUGUGAAAAUGAUGUUUUUAAAAUGUCAAGUCAAGUCAACUUUAUUUAGGCAGGAUGGCCCUGUCAGCCAUUGGCUGGUAUCAAAAGGGGCCCUGCAUAAAUUACGACUACACAAUAAAAAUUUAAAAAUUAAACUGAAUCAACAGGUGGCUGUGGGAAAAAAUGAGUUUUUCCGUCUGGAAUAGAAUCCUAUGAUCUCCCAAAUGCGCUAUCACUGCCUAAGCUGAAGGAAACUCCAGCGAGCUACAAGACCAGGGCCAUAUAGCGAGGUUCAUGUGACAAACAUCCUGCCCUCUGCCAGGACUGGAAUUCGCUUCGUAGUUGUUUCCGGCAAACGCCUACCAUAAGUCAUUCAAUUUCUGUAUUAGACUUCGUUCAUUGCCCCUUUUUUGCGCAAAACUGAAUGAUCUUAUAGCGUGCUUUUUUGUUUUUUCAUUGUUCACGAUUUUGGCACCAUGAAAGAGCUACAUGUAGUGUUUUCCAAUUACAACCCAUUUUAUUUUAUUUAUUUGUUUAUUUAUUUUUAAACUGUCUUUGUAGUUGGUGGCGUGGAUGGGUCCAUCCUAAGCGAGUCUUGUCUGUCACCAGAAGAAAGUGAACAACCGCCCAAGAAGUUUCGACCCAUUGAUGAAAAUGAAACGCUAAAUGGUCCUAAUACAGCCAAGUCAUUAGACACUGAGGAUCAUCGCUUAUCAGGGGAGAGUCUGCUAAACAGCAGAGCUAUUGCUAACCCAAGCCCGGGCACUAGCAGGCGAAGCGGUAUCCUCUUUAACAAGGGAAGGUACAGAGCCAGACGUAAUCUAUCAGCAGGAGCCGACAAGUUCCCGCUGGACAUUUUAAAUACACCCAACCACGCGCUGAAAACGUCUGACUCCGAUCGAACGUUUGAUCAAGGUCACGUGAGCACGGAGGCGCACGUGACAGAGAAUCUUCGCACAGAUAGUCUAAGAGACGCUGAUGCUCAUGAAGAUGCAGUAUUCGAGGACAGGCAUCAGCCAGCACCUAAAGAGAACAACAAACCACAGAAGCGUCCUCGCGGGGACAGUUUAGGCACUAAUGAUACUUGUUGCGUGCCGAAGAAGACCUACAAAACAGAGCUGGGAAAGCUGAUUGAGGACGCUACGUUGCCUAUGUUCGAUACUCCCUCAGAUCGAAUGAAUAAUCAUUUCGCGUUUACCAAUGGCUUGCGGCAGCGUUCAUACCGUUCUUACACUAGUGGUUCCGAGUCAGAUAUCAGUGAUAUCAGAAUGAAUGGCACGCGCGCGUCUCGAGAACACUGCCGGAAGCUGUCUACGUUGUCGGAAGACGAACUCAGCACGACCGACACCGAGAACAGUUCGGCUGAGAAUCGGGCCAUUAACGGACCAGUGGACGGGAGGCGGCGGAAGAAAGCGGCGCCCAGACCUAGGAAAAUGACUUCGGAUUCAGACAUAGCGGAUCUGCCUCCCAUGCAGCCGUUGGAUUUGGUGUGGGCAAAAUGUCGGGGAUAUCCGUCUUACCCCGCCCUGGUAAGUUUCAGCUCUGUUUUUACUGAAAUUCGAAAUGAUCGAAACUAAACUUUGUUAGAAUAGAAAAUAACAGACUCCCUUAGAUUCAAGGAGAGGGCGACUUCGAGGACGAGAUUCGACUUAAAGUCGUUUUUGCGUAUUCCCAAAGCUCUUCGUGAAUUCGACGACUUGUUUCCUAAUAACCCGUAAGGGACACGAUUGGUGAGCGGCCUGCGUCACUUCGCAGAGAGAGGUUAACAUUAGGCUCGGCGUCUUCAGUGGUCUGCGCCACCUGGUCUGGGUGAUCGAAAGAGUUGAGUGUGUUUCUACUUUCCCGAGUGUUGCGACGUUUCCAAUGGAAGGGUUUGUUUGGGAAGUUAUUUGUGGCUUAUCGUCGACACUGUCGUUCCUGUGAAUACACUUGUCAUUUAUUGCCCAGUUAACUGCUCGGCGCCAUUUUCUUUGGUGCGAUCAAACGUCGCAUAUCUGAGUUCGCUAAAACACUGCGAACAUGUUUCUUUUGUGUCUGAGAUCGUCUAGGAUACGUGCGAUGUAGACAGCUGUCGAUCGUGUCGUACUGUACCGCAGACCGUGACGGAUCACAUCGAAAUCAAGCUUUAUAACCGUGUGUUUUAGUUAUUACUGUGCCACAUUCACAUUUAUGUGUGCAGGUCUUGUAUUAUUUAGUUGGUUUGUUUGUUUAGCUUUUUUUUUUAAAUCAUGAAUCAAAUAAAUUUCGAGGGGAAAGGCACGUCACACGGUCGAUAUGUGUGAUGUAUGAAUUCAAGUCCAGAUUCGUCCUUCUCCGCGUUUUGAUCUUUUCACAAUAAUGUUGAUUCCCGCUCGGACCUUUCAAACGAAAAGAUGCCGGUUAGUUUAGUCUAGUUAGCAUACAACAACAUAAAGGGAUAAAUUUUUUAAACCGCUGGAAUUAUUUACCUUUUUACUUGUUUACUAUAGAUUAUCAACCCGCGAACCAAGAAAGGCUUCAUUUACCGCGGCGUACCGAUUCCCGUUCCACCCGAGGAUGUGUUGAAGGAGCGAGCGUCCACUGAUGAACAUCUCUACCUUGUGCUGUUUUUCGACAACAGACGAACUUGGUAAGUUCCAACCACUUAAAGUAUAAAUUUCGCACAGUAAAAAUGAUAAGCUACGGUUUAAAAAUCAAAACAUAUUUUUGCCCUACUUAACUGUUACUCUCAUAAACUGUAUUAUCAAUUAAGCAGUGAUUUUAAGGAGAUGUGGAUCACUUUUGGCCCAGAGUGGUAUUAAACCAACGAUUCUUGUAAUUAGAAAUCGCAGUAUAAAGAUCGUCUUAUCGACAGAAAAAGAGACCUUUCACCCUGUUACACGUGUGUCAAUUACGAAGUAAAGGGUUACAGUCAAACCAGGUCAAGUGUACGCCUUAGAUUCUAUUAAAUGAAUUGAUUUUUUGGAAAAAUGCAUCUGUUUGUCGUUUCUGUACCUAGUGUUCCAAGUUGCCUCAAGCCUCUGUUUCAAAGCGAGGCUAAGUCAAAGCCAUUGACAUGAAAAUGAUUUUUUAUUCUCAUGCCAAUAAAACUCAUUUUCACAAGAAAGGUUGUGCACUUAGCCUCGUUUUGAAAGUGAAAACUUUUGAAACUCGGAAACAGCCUAUUCAAAUCUGCAUUCCUGCGUGCGAAAUGAGCAUUGAAUGUUUGAGUACAUUUUCUCAAUAUUCGGUCACAUUGGGUGAAAACUGUUAUGAACUUAACUUCCUAGCGUGUGCAUUUACUGCCCAUUAGUUUACGCAUGCAGAAAUGAAUCUGAAAAUAUCUUUAACUACCUUGUACUAACGGAUUCAUCUUUUACAUAAAUAAUGCAUUAAUAAAAUCCUGGCGGGUACGCUUGACCUUGCUUGACUGCAAAAUUGCCAAGGGAAAAGGAGGGAUUAUGGAAACCAGUUUCCCGUUGUGUAGUCAUCUUUUACCGUAAAAUACAAAGUCACUUUUUCACUGUGUUUAAUGUAACUUUUCUCCCUGUUUCGCUUUAGGCAAUGGCUACCCCGUCACAAACUCGAACCUUUGGGACAACAAGAAGAUCGAGACGAAAGCAAGUUGCAGGAAGGUCGAAAGACCUCCAUGAGGAAAUCCGUCAUGCAAGCUUACGAACGUGCCCUUGUUCACAGAAGCCAAGUGGAGAGGGGAGGCUCUCGGGAUUCCGACGACGAUGAUGAUGAAUACGACGACGACGCCGACGACGAUUCACGAACGAACGAAAAUGGCAACGAUGAGGAGGAGGAGGAAGAUAGUGAUAAUGAAGAUGACGACGAUGAUAAUGACGAACAUGAUGUGAUGGACGAAAAUGGAUUUGUAUAGAGCAGCAUUAGUCAUAAUUCGAAUUGAUUCUCUUUUCAAGGGUUUGCUCUUCAAAACUAUUAGACUUGUAUCGGACAAAACUCACUGAUACUGCAUAGGGUGGAGUUAGAAUGAUGUACAGUUUUUUGCGCUUGUUUCUAAUUUCACUGUUUUUCUACUGUGUGGUCUUAAAAAGGUCUAAAAUGUGCAGUCGUUGUUUCACUUUCAAAAUAAUUUUAAAAGAAAACUGCGUAAUCUCGUUCUACCUUCGUAAUUAUAAGAAGUAACGAUUAUCCGCAAUCUUUACAUUCUUUCUAAAGAGCGUUUUUCUCUUACCUUUCCGAUGUCAGAUCAGUUUGUAACGUUGAAAUAGGCCACAAAAAGGGUUUUGAUGAUAUUUUUUUUCACCAAGGUCAGGUAGUUAGAGCCAAGUUUCAGAAAAAAGUGUUUUUUAAAAAUGUUGAAUAUUACCUAUUAAUCUGUACAAUUUGUAUUUAAAUGUGUAAAUCUUAAUCCUCUGCUAUUUUUCCUCAAGAAGUGACUGUUUUUUAACAAAUCGAGUACCGACCGCCUGUGGAAAUGCGUUCUGUCUUGUGUGUUUCAAUACAUUCGUGUCUGUAUAUCUUGUAAAUUGUUACAUCCCAGGGACAAUAAACUCGUCAAUUAUGAGAC